AUGGUCUGCGUAUUUCCGUUGCUCAUCUUUUAUUUUGUGCCGAAUUUUGCGCCAGUCUCGGCCAAUGGAGAUGGUUUAUACUUUAUUAACCUUACAACCUCGGAUACAAAGGUCCCGUCCGUUCCAACAACAUAUUGGUGCGUAGUGGAAAAAAUGCCGGAGAGGCUGUUGAGUCAGAAGCAUCAUUUGGUUAAGCUCGAACCGAUCCUACAACCCCAUGUUCCAGGGCUGAUCCAUCACGUUAGGCUUUUCGGAUGCGAAUCAACAGCUACAACACCAUACAAUGGACCAUGCGACGAGAUCGACGGUGCAAAACGUUGCAAAAAGGAGAUUGCUGCCUGGGGAAUUGGUUCAGCUGGGGCCUUCAUCCUCCCGGAAGAAGCGGGGUAUUCAAUAGGCGGUCCAGACAUUGUGCCGUACUACAUGAUCGAGAUCCACUACAACAAUCCCCAGCAGAAAUCAGGCCUUGUCGACAGCUCGGGGUUGAGGUUGAGCGUCACCUCCAGACUUCGCCCCUACGAUGCAGGCGUCCUAUUAAUCGGUACCCCGGCCAUGUCGAAAUCGAUGGUGAUUCCGCCUGGACAAAGAGGUUUUGCUUUCAAAGGACUUUGUCCAAAGCAGUGUACUGAAAAUUUACCGCCCACCGGCAUCAAAGUUUUUGGCAGCGAGCUCCACGCUCACGCAAGCGCCACGAAGCUCUGGGCGACGAUAGAACGAGAAGGAAAAGCCAUCGGUGAUCUAGCCAGACUCGACCCAUUUGUACCGGCUGAUCGGCAUCUGCAGCUAUUUGACCCGCCAAUCACUAUUAUGCCUGGUGAUGUUCUCACCACCGUAUGCCAGUAUGAGACGACAAAUCGAAACGAGACUACGUUUAGCGGUCCCGGUCAUUCCAAUGAGAUGUGUAUCAAUUUCUUGCUAUACUACCCGACGGUGGAGGUUGGGUAUUGUUUUAGUGAGCCGAACAAUGAAGCGCUGGACGAAUUUUUCGACAGAGGCAAACAGGUCAACGCAACAGACCCAUUUGCAAAUUUUACCUGGACUGAUGGCGAGGCACGGCGUUUAGAAAGGCUUUAUGAAACUGGGCCCUACAAGUUCAGUUGUCUCAGCAAGGAAGGAGGGCCAAUUCUUGGGUCUCAGGAGCCGCAUCAUCAAGGAAAUCGAGUCGAAAAA